UGGAAGCAACUAUCAUGAAGGUAUUCACCGUCCCCUACCCCUCUUCGUAUUAGAUGCAUUGUCUCCUGUAAUCUGGGACUGCGAAGAUCGCCAGACAUGCUGACCGAUGGGGCCCAGAAAUCUUUACAGGUUGAAGUCAGCAUUUUAGCAGCUGCAGAGAGAUAUUAAAACCAGCUGGUUGCUUGCAGAAGCUCCAUGCUCCAAGAUGAGUUCUUGGAGCUCGAAUUUUUAAAAAAUCUAUCUGACAUGUCAGAAAGGGAGCUUGGUUGUAUUUUGCCAACAUUAGUGUCAGUUUCAUGCAGUACAAGCUGUGUACAUGUACCACAAAUAGGAGAUGGAUGCGAAAUGACUUUGAGUUUAAUUUCCAGCAUGGGAUAAACAAACUAAACUUACCCUUGUUCUCUCCUGUCUACAGAUUUUUAAGACACAGUGGAGUAAACUUUUCUUGCAUGCUCUUUGUCGUUUUUGUCUUCUGACCUCAGAGAUGUGGCUAUAGGAGAAAUGAGUUAUCUGGUCCUACAGUGAAAGCUGUUGACUAGGGCAACUAACACUAUUUAAACAUGGGACGAAGGAGUACAGUGUUUUACUCAAGUCCAGCAGGCACAGUAUUUUUUUUAUUAGAUAUUUAUAGUUAAUCAUUUUAAGUCUUGUCAUCCCUUCCUUAAUGUUUGCCCAAUAUUAUACUCUACAUGUAAAAAAUUAAUAGGUAGCUUAUUUUGCUAAUACUGUAUGUAAUUUAUAUAGACAUAUGUGUACAAACUAUAUAUAUGCACAUCAUUUUGCAAUAUUUCUCUAGGCUAAUUUAUGUUGUUAACUUCUGGGACCUUUUGUUAGAAGUGGCUCCUAACAGCUUUUUAGGAACAAGACAAGCAUAAAGUUGUAUUCUUAAAUGUCAUUUAAAAAUAUUUUAGAAGUUUGACACAGAAACCCCACUUAACUUGGGUGAUGUUUACCGAAGUUUUCAAAAAAGCAAAUAAAUGUAGAAAUGAACAUCAUUUGAGUUUCAGGUCCCACCACUAUCACAGUGACUUGGUGAUAGAGAGGUGUGACGAAGACAUAGUCUCUUUACAUGAAGAUCAGACUGACUGUUCCAGUCUCAGGGAUGAAGACAAUAAAGAGAAUUACCCAGACGCCCGGGCUCCUGUAGAGGAGCACGCGCCGCCCCACGGAGAGGCACCGCAGCAUGUAGAGCAGACGGUGCAGGUGGACUGCGUACUGCGACCCGCCAUGGGCAACUUCAAGUCCAGGAAGCCCAAGUCCAUCUUCAGAACUGAGAGUGGGAGGACCCACGGAGAAAGUCAGGAGACAGAGCACGUGGGGCCCAGCCAGUUGGAGUGCCAGGGCAGAACAGGAACGCCAGUUCAUGAGAGUCCACAGAACAACACCUUCAGGUGUCAAGAAGCAGUUCGACUUCAACCAAGAAUAGACCAGAGGGCUACCAAUUGGCCAAAGGAUGCUUUUGAAACUCAGCAGGACUUAAAUGAGGAAGAAGCUCCCCAGGUGCAUGGAAUCAAGGAGCCAGCCCCCGUGACAACCCAAAGUGUGCCUGCCGAUGAGGCAGAUUCUGCAGACCCCAUGCCAGUCCACAAAGAUGGGCAGAAUGAAGCCGACAGCACACCAGAAGACCUCCAGUCUGUUGGGACCAGCAGGCUGCUUUAUCACAUCACUGAUGGUGACAACCCACUGCUGUCGCCACGAUGCUCCAUCUUUAGCCAAAGCCAGAGAUUCAAUUUAGACCCUGAGUCAGCCCCUUCUCCACCCAGCACUCAGCAGUUCAUGAUGCCCCGAAGUUCUUCUCGGUGUAGCUGUGGUGAUGGCAAGGAGCCACAGACCAUUACCCAGCUCACCAAGCACAUCCAGAGCCUCAAGCGGAAAAUUCGGAAAUUUGAAGAGAAAUUUGAACAAGAAAAGAAAUACCGGCCUUCACAUGGAGACAAGACUUCUAAUCCUGAAGUCCUGAAAUGGAUGAAUGAUUUGGCUAAAGGUCGUAAACAGCUCAAAGAAUUAAAGCUGAAGCUGUCUGAAGAACAGAGGAGUGCUCCCAAAGGCCCACCUAGAAAUCUGUCCUGUGAGCAACCCACGGUCCCCAGAGAAAAUGGGAAGCCAGAAGCUGCAGGCCCUGAGCCAAGCUCCUCUGGAGAGGAAACUUUAGAUGCUGUGUUGACAUGCCUGAAGGAGAAGAGAGAGCACCUUCCUCCGCAGGAGGAUUUUAAGGUAACUAAGCAAGACAAGAACCUCAUAAAGCCUCUUUAUGACCGAUACAGAAUUAUCAAGCAAAUCUUGUCAACGCCUUCCCUUAUUCCAACAAUUCAGGAAGAAGAAGACUCUGAUGAAGAUUGUCCACAGGGAAGCCAACAACAUUCUUUACCAGAUCCAGCAUCUUUCCUUCCUGUCAGUGACCACCUCACCUAUUCUAAUGAAACUGAGCCUGUUAGGGCCCUACCACCUGAUGAAAAGAAGGAAGUAAAACAACCAGCCCUCUCCAUGUCCAAUUUACAUGAAGCAACCAUGCCUGUACUUCUUGAUCAUCUUCGAGAAACUAGGGCUGACAAGAAGAGAUUGCGAAAAGCCCUAAGAGAAUUUGAAGAACAGUUUUUUAAACAAACAGGAAGAAGUCCACAAAAAGAAGAUAGGAUACCAAUGGCAGACGAGUACUAUGAAUACAAGCACAUAAAAGCCAAACUGAGAUUACUAGAGGUCCUUAUCAGCAAGCAAGAUGUGGCCAAAACUAUUUGAGGUUCAGGAAAUGUCUAUGAUCACUUUCACCCAAGAUAAGGUCAAGUGUAUUUCUCUCUACCACUCUUGCUAAGUAGUUCUGACAUACUGAAAAUGUAAGCACUUUAGCUGUAGUAUUAGCUAUUUUUAAGAUGGGAUAAUAAGUGUAAUUAUAUAUGAGAAGGGAUUUAAAUGGGGGAAACAUGCAACAGGUAACCAUCUAACUGAGGGAGAAAAAUUGAGCCUCCUCCAUUCCAAGAAGAAAACUCAGUCAAUAUAAUUAUUUCAAAAUGCAUCCAAUAUUUUGUCAAAUCUGAAUAGUAUAUAGUUGGGCCACAUUUGAUAGGGAAAAUUUAUUAGUGUCCAAAGAUUGUUUAUAUUGAUGUAUGGAAAAAAGCAUGUUUGUUUUGUUUUUCCCAUGAGGAAAACAAAUUCUGCUUUUUGUGAAAGACAGCUAGUACAAAAAAUAAUUUAUUUGAAAUUUCUAAUCAGCUUUUAAGUGAUACAACAUUGACUACCUUGUCCCUUAGUAUGUUAGGCUUUCAAUAUCCUAGAAUAUACUAGAGUGUGUCACUGCUAAUUUUUUUAUUUCUAUAUAAAAAUAACACAUCAUUUUAUGUUAUUUGAAUUUUACAUUUCUGGUUACCAAAGUUCAUUCUGAUAGCAUGUACUUUGUGAAUUAUCUUUUGUCUAUAACUGACAGAUGUUUAUAUUAUUAAAAUUUUAAAAUAGGUAUUUUGGAUAGAUGUGUCUGCAGUAUAAUAAUCUAAUGUGAUCAUAGUAUUAUUGCUAAUCUUUUGUUUACAAUAACUAAAAGUUAUAUAACUAUUUUUCCAUUGGGAAUAUGCAUUUUUCUUAAUGUUCCAAGGUAUAUACUUUGUAAUGUGAAAAAAUUUUCUCAUGCACUGUAGUGAUUCAUUCUAUAUAAAAACGGAAGGUUUGGAAAUUGUUAUAACACCUUGGCAAAGAAGCCAGAAUAUUUUAUUUGCUUCAUCAACAUCAGUGUAUAUUGUUUUGUUAUUUUGUACUAAAUUGCUUUUUUAUAAAAACAAGUAAAAGGUUGACAUUUUUCUCAUGUACCAAUCAUUUCUAUUUUAUGUAAUGUUUAAGCAUGAAGAAAUUCACAUUUUCAUAUAGUUUGGAUGAGAAUAUUGAUGAUUUCAGAAGCAGACUAUUUCAGAGGCUCAUUUUCUCUGUAUAUUUCAUAACUUUUAUGAAUGAGAAUAAUGUCCUUCAUAAAUUUGUUUAAUUGAAGUCAUCUACUUGGAACAGGACAAAUACACAACUAUUUGAGGUUUACAAAUUACAUCUUUGAUAAGGGAAAUGGUUUCGUGACAUGUAUACAAUUGCUAUUAAAAUGUAACUAUAUAUUCUAUAUGAUUGUAAAUAUUUUAUACAACAAUACAAAUAAAAUAUUUUUCUAUUAUA